GCAUGAUUUGGUUCCUUCCUCUUGUUCCUCCCUAGGCACAAACCUUUCUCAGUGGUCUCUCACUGGGGUUCAUAUAACAUAGCUGUAAUGCCUGUGAAUCCAUGGACCCCCUUCUGCUUGUUCUUGUGCUUAUCUCUUUUAUUAUACAAUUCUUUUGUAGUUAUAGCAGUGAACCAACAAGGCCAAGCUCUCCUUUCAUGGAAGAGAACCUUAAACAGCUCCGAGGCUUUGAACAACUGGGAACCAAUUCACGAAACACCAUGCCAGUGGUUUGGAGUGAGUUGCAACAAGAGAAACGAAGUUGUGGAGUUAGAUCUGAGGAAUGUGGUUUUGCUUGGAGGACUUCCUUCUAACUUCAACUCACUCCCUUCAUUGAAUGUUCUCAUAUUAACUGGCACAAACCUCACUGGUUCAAUUCCAAAGGAGAUAGCUACCCUCACAGAACUCACCUACUUGGACUUAAGCCACAAUGCGUUGAAUGGUGAAAUCCCAAAUGAACUCUGCCACUUGAAUAAGUUAAAGCAAUUGCACCUGAACUCAAACAACCUGGUACGGUCCAUUCCAGUUUCAAUUGGUAAUCUCAGUAUGUUAGAGUGGUUAAUCUUGUAUGAUAAUUUGUUAAGUGGUGAAAUUCCCAGCACCAUAGGGAAUCUGAGGAACCUAAAAGUGAUAAGAGCUGGUGGGAACAAGAACCUACGUGGCCCUUUACCACAAGAAAUUGGUAACUGUACUAAUUUAAUGAUACUAGGCCUCGCUGAAACAACCAUUUCAGGGUUUCUACCUUCAACAUUGGGUGUGUUAAAGAAGCUACACACCAUUGCACUCUACAGUACUUCCCUUUUAUCUGGUCCAAUUCCACAUGAACUCGGAAACUGCACCGAACUACGAAACAUUUACCUCUAUGAAAACUAUCUAACAGGUCCCAUACCGGGCACGUUGGGUAACCUUGGCAAGCUGAAAACUUUGCUCCUGUGGCGGAACAACCUCGUUGGGAACAUUCCAGCGGAGAUAGGAAAGUGUAACGAACUAACGGUCGUUGACGUUUCGAUGAACUCGCUAACGGGGAGCAUUCCAAGGAGUGUGGGAAACUUGACGGCGUUAGAGGAACUGCAGCUCGGCGUUAACGGGAUUUCGGGGGUGAUUCCGCCGGAGAUAGGAAAAUGUGGUGAACUCACUCACGUGGUGCUUGACAACAAUGAAAUAACGGGAACGGUGCCGUCCGAAUUGGGGAACCUGAAGAACCUAACGCUGUUAUUCCUCUGGCACAACAAGCUCAACGGUUCUAUACCGUCGACGCUUUCGAAAUGCGAAAGCCUUGAAGCUUUGGAUCUCUCGGUGAAUAAUUUCACGGGUUCUAUACCCGAGGGAAUAUUCCGCCUCGGCAAACUGAACAAGCUUUUGCUUCUUUCAAACGCUCUUUCAGGAGAAUUACCCUCCGAGAUUGGUAAUUGUUCUUCUCUGAUUCGAUUUAGAGCAAGUAAUAAUUUCAUUACCGGGAAUAUUCCCUCACACAUUGGGAAUCUCGCGAAUUUGACUUUCUUGGACCUCGGAAACAACCGCAUCGCCGGAACUAUCCCGGACGAGAUCUCCAGCUGCCGGAAUCUCACGUUUCUAGACUUGCGUUCGAAUUUCAUAACCGGAAACCUUCCGGCGAGUCUCGGUAAGCUUAAUUCGCUUCAGUUUAUUGAUAUCUCCGAUAAUAAUCUACACGGCACGCUUAGUCCCAGCCUAGGGUUUCUUAAUUCUCUGAAUAAAUUGGUUUUGAGGAAGAAUAGUAUUUCCGGUUCAAUACCGAGUCAACUCGGUUUCUGCGCGAAGCUGCAGUUGCUGGACCUCAGCAGCAACCGAAUCUCCGGGAAUAUUCCGGGGAGUCUAGGGAAUAUUCCGGCGAUGGAGAUAGCUCUGAAUCUGAGCUUGAACCAACUUUCCGGUGAAAUUCCAAGGGAGUUUUCGUCGUUAUCGAAACUCGCCGUUUUGGAUAUUUCUCAUAAUCGUCUCAGUGGCGACCUUCGGCAUCUCGCGGAAUUGCAAAAUCUCGUCGCGCUGAAUGUCUCGUACAACGAAUUCUCGGGGCGCGUUCCUGACACGCCUUUCUUCGCGAGGCUUCCGGUGAGCGCGCUCGAGGGGAACCCGGCGUUGCGCCUGUCUGGCGGCGACGGAGGAUCGCGGCGGAGAGGUAAGGCGGCGCGCGCGGCAUUCGCGGUUCUGCUAUGCGUCGCCGCGUGCGCGUUACUCGUGGCGGCGCUGUGUGUCGUUGGCGCAGCGAAACGACGCGAGGAGAAUGAAAACGGCGUUAGUGAUAGGAGUGACGCUGACGUGGACAUGGCCCCGCCUUGGAAGGUGACGCUUUACCUGAAACUGGAUCUGUCGAUUGAUGACGUGGCGAAAUGCUUGACAGCUGGCAAUGUCGUUGGGCGGGGACGAACCGGCGUCGUUUAUAGAGUGGAAACACCGACGGGGUUGACCGUGGCGGUGAAGAGGUUUAGGUUAAGGGAGAAAUUCUCGGCGGCGGCGUUCGCGGCGGAGAUUGCGACGCUGGCGCGGAUCCGACACCGGAAUAUUGUGCGGCUGUUGGGUUGGGCGGAGAACCGGAGAACGAAGCUGCUAUUCUAUGAUUACCUUGUUGGUGGGAACUUACACGCCCUGCUGCACGAGGGGUGCGCAGGAUUAGUGGAGUGGGAGACACGGCUCAAGAUAGCAGUGGGCGUGGCCGAGGGUCUGGCCUACUUGCACCACGAUUGCGUCCCUGCUAUCUUGCACCGGGACGUGAAGGCGCACAAUAUUUUACUUGGAGAUAGAUAUGAACCGUGUUUGGCUGAUUUCGGAUUCGCUCGGUUGGUAGAAGACGAAGAACACUGUUCUUUUUCCAUGAACCCCCAAUUCGCGGGUUCUUACGGCUACAUUGCUCCGGAGUAUGCCUGCAUGCUUAAAAUCACAGAGAAGAGUGAUGUGUAUAGUUAUGGGGUGGUCCUACUAGAGAUGGUGACGGGGAAGAGGGCGGUGGAUGCAUCAUUUCCGGAGGGACAGCAACAUGUUGUGGAAUGGGUCCGAGAGAAGCUGAAGAGGAAGAAGGACCCGGUUGAGGUUAUGGACCCCAGGCUUCAGGGGCUUCCAGACACGCAGAUACAAGAGAUGCUGCAAGCUCUUGGUAUCUGUCUCUUGUGCACGAAUACUCGCGCGGAGGAUCGUCCCACAAUGAACCACGUGGCUGCAUUAUUGAGGGGAAUUCGACAUGACCCUCCAGCAGGGUCUCAGCCCCACAAAACCACCCAUGCUUCCUCUUUUUCGUCCUCUUCGGUGACCCCGGCAGCUCACUUGUUGCUUCUACAAUCAUCUUCUCGGUCCUCAUCAUUCGCUUAUUCAUCUUCUUCAGCUGUAGCCUACCCCCAACACGGAAUCAGCCAUGAGUUUUGAGGGGGAAAAUAUGUACUAUUUUGGAGAGGACUUAGAUAUCGUGUUAGAUAUUUUGAAUGGUGAGCUACAAGUACAACUGGGCAUUGUAAGCAGGGUAUUCAUUUCCACAUGAUAAAACAAAAAUGACGGAGUGUACAGUACAGCAACUUAUUUAUUAUUGUUUAUCUUAUCUACCAAGAAAUGGAGAUGGUGGUU